AUGCUGAUUCUGUCUUUGUUCGCCAUUUUGGCCUACGUUCUCCCAGUCUGGGCUGAAUGCUCUGCCGAUAACCUUGUUCGUGCUUUUGAACGAGCUGAAGCUUGGCCGUAUUGCGCCUCCUUGCUUGGCCCGAAAGACUCGAGAACGACGGUACCUCCGCCGCGGGCUGCUGCUACAUACGCUCCUGACCGGUUGAUUUCCGCGUGCUCUUGUCUCUUGUCACCAUCAAUUUCAUCUUCUGGACAGGUCUCCAGCCACAGCGCUGGUGCGACUCGUUCUUAUGAGCCUGUUAUUGUCUCCACGACCUCCGCUUGUGGGCUCGACAGCAUCCACGUCUCGAAACUACACAACAGCACGCAAAGCCAUAUUCACACCAAAAGCAAGACAACGAAGUCUCGGAUAACGACUACUCGUUCCGCUUCUAGCUCUACCUCAAAACAUUCCGGCCCGAAGCCCACGUCAAAAAGCUCCAAGACACGAUCAACGACGAGCCGCUCCCUCUCAUCGACUACAACCACACAGACUCGCAUCACAUAUGCCGCUCGACCCCGGACCUUCACUGGCGUCAGCGUCACGGGCGAUUUGGACGCGACCGGCUGCUAUGCGGUGCCUACGCCGACUGGCAGUCUCCGAGAGUCACGUCUUAACAACACAGAUCGCAACCCCCCGUAUGUAGAGGCUAUGUACUUUGACCAAAAUGCCACGCAAGCAAAGUAUGUACGCGUUUUGGACCAAGCCUUGAACAGCCUCUUCUUUGACAUUUCAGAUCUCGACCGCAUCGUGAUUCAAGAUAAAGAGAAAAACUCAUUGGCCAUCGACAAUAAGGGCAUUCACUUUGCGAGUUCGACGUGCAAGGUCAAGGUUGAUGUCAUGAUUGACAAUUUCUUCGGCCAGUUGAACAACAUUACGAACACCACAUGCCUCGGUGCUGUGCCUUCGCCUAGCAACACUACAUCGAUCGAUCGAAAGGACGCGAGGGGCUUGAGGGAUGAUGUCAAGCCACGCAUGAUGGCUCUCGAGUCUUUCUUCGUCCUGCUCAAAAUGAAGGACCAGUGCGGCGAGCCACUGCGCCCCGAACUCCGUCCCACCGUUCGCAUCGGGCCUCUGCCCUGCGAGACACUUCAGGGGCCUCCGGGGACUUUCGUCGCAACAUGCCCCUUCCCAGGCAGCAGUUCGACGGAGAUGCGCUGCGAGGCAUCUGUAGACGCGCUCCUAUCUCGCCUCGCGCGCGGCCGCCUGCCCGGCGCCUGUCCACGCCUCACCACGAUCUGGGCCCUGCUCCUCGACCAGAUGGGGCCUCGGCUGACCCAAGCCUCGCUCUUCCAGCCGUUCCUGGAACCGGGACUCAACCUUGGCCCUAGGACACUGACCACGAUUGCCGCCCUGCUCAACCAGUUCCGCGCCCUGUGGGAGCCGGCGGGUGACUUCUUCGCCUCGACGACACGCGGCCAGUCAGCACUCGAAGAUACCAUUGCCUCUCACGGUGGCGCCCAAGCGCUCCGCAGGCAAGCUUGCCGUGCGCUCCACCAAGCACCGACACCAUUCAACCUCACGCUGGCCGGGCCGUCGGCUGUCGUCUUGGCUACGCUGAGAGCAGCACCGAACUCAACACUCGAGUACACGAGGAACAUGACGGACAGCCAGCAGCUGGCUUGCUGUCCGAACGCGGGCACGUGUACCGGCGGUGGCGCGGACGGGUCGUACGGGCGUGAGGCGCUGGUCCCGGGCUCGAACUGCAUCUGCGGAAGGACUGUCGACGGGUCAGGGGUUGCGUUCAGGACUGGGCUGUGUAAGGGGUACGAUGCUUGUGAUGCUGACAGACCCUGUGGCGAGGGGAUGGCUUGCUUGGUGGAUAGUUGCUGCGAGACAAACAUCUGCGUCAAUGGCACAGAGUGCAAUGCGCCGGGGUUGGCGAGGAGGAUGUUUGGAGGCAUGGGUAGGGAUGCUCGUGGUGGUGCGUAA